AUGGAUGCGUUCAGAUUGUUGACCAGAUCAACAAAAUUAAAGCCUGUAUCGUCGGCUACAGACUCGCGUCUGCCAUCCACUGGGAAAGCAGCCAACCCGCAGCUCUUCCGGACCGCGGAGAGCGACAACCUCGAGUCUGCCAAGAAUGGCAAAAAAAGAAAGAGAGGCGCUGCUGUCCAAGAGGAUGAGGAAGAUGUCCCUGAUCUCGACUUUUUCAGUUCAAAUAAGCGCCCUGCAGCCAGUGUAACGGAAACCGCUGCUGCGACCGUGGGCGACGAUAAAAAAGUGUCUGCUCAGGAUGCCGCAUCCGAUGACGAAGAUUCUAUGGAUGAAGUGGAACGUCGCACUAUCUUGAAUUCACACAAGAUCAAGGUUACAGACAUGCGCGACUUGGAAGAGAUCCAAGCUGAACCCACAUCUACCAAAGAUUCCAAGAAGAAAAAGAAGAAGUCAAAGAAAGAAGAGGCGCCGACUCUCAGUAAGAAGGAGCAGAAGCGCGCCAGACGCUUGUUCCCGGAGCCCCUGCUUAACUUCAAGGAGCUUCGGUCUAAAUAUAAGAUCUCCUCGCGGCUCGCAGAGAAUGUUGCGGAGCAAGGAUUUACCGUACCGACAGAGGUCCAGCUUGGAACCCUUCCAUUGCUUCUUGGAAAAUCUUCUGAACCAGAUCUUCUGGUCGUUGCUCCCACCGGCAGCGGCAAGACAUUGUCAUUCCUGAUUCCCGUGAUCAACAAAAUUGUUCGACACCACCACUCACAUCCUGACGAGCAUGGUAUUUUGUCUCUGGUUGUGGCGCCCACCAGGGAGCUCGCAAGCCAGAUCGUCAAUGAGGGCCGCAAGCUAGUGGCUGGAACAGGCGUGAAGAUCACGCUUAUGAGAAAGGGCAUGCGUGUUGGAGAUGAUAGUGGCGCCGAUGUUCUUGAUGAGAACAGCGAAGAAUCGUCCGGGUCAGAAGAUGAAGAUGCCGAAAACAAGCCAGCAAAGGAGCGAGCCAACAUCCCGGUCACCAAGAGCGAUAUUCUCGUCACUACGCCUCUAAUGCUGGUUAAUGCUCUAUCUGCGAACCGGACGACUACCAUGGCAACAUUACCUCUGGUGCGGAGCUUGGUUAUGGACGAAGCCGAUGUCCUCCUGGACCCAUUGUUCCGGGAACAGACACUCGAUAUCUGGAAAGCAUGCUCACACCCCGAUUUGCGCGUCGGCCUUUGGUCAGCCACCAUGGGAUCCAAUAUCGAGGACCUCACCAAGUCGACCAUCAAAGAGCGGCUGGAAGACCUCGGACAAAAGCCAAGCGAGCCACAUGCGCUACUUCGUCUGGUUGUAGGGUUGAAAGACUCUGCAAUCCCCAACAUUGACCACAAACUCGUCUACGCAGCAACAGAGCAGGGUAAACUGAUGGGACUACGCCAACUUCUUCGCCCAGCUGCAGCAUCAGCAUCAGAUAUCCGCCUUCGCCCUCCCUUCCUCAUUUUCACACAGACUAUCCCUCGUGCGGUGGCCCUACACUCAGAACUCAAAUAUGAUAUCCCCGCCGAAGCAGGUGGAUCCUCACGUAUUGCGGUUCUCCACUCCGAUCUCUCAGAUGGCCAACGGUCCGAUAUCAUGCGCGAUUUCCGCAAAGGCGAGAUUUGGAUUUUGGUUACAACGGAUCUGCUAGCCCGCGGCGUCGAUUUCCGCGGUAUCAACGGCGUCGUCAACUACGAUAUCCCCAACUCGGCGGCCGUCUACGUCCACCGCGUGGGGCGAACCGGUCGUGCCGGUCGCGAGGGCGGUAUCGCCGUCACUUACUACACUAAGGAAGACAUUCCUUACGUGAAGAGCAUUGCCAACAUCAUUGAUGUCAGUGAGAAGCUACGCGGUGGUGAAGAAGGCGACAAGUCCAUCCAGAAAUGGCUGCUCGACGCUUUGCCAAAUUUGAGCAAGAACAGCAAGAAGGAUAUGAAGAGGCAUGGUGUCAAGGCGCGCCAGACCCCAAGAUUGGCCGAUAAGGAAGAUGAUGGAAAGGGCGCUCGUGGUAUGAGAAUCAGUACUAAGAGUGGCUUUGAGCGCCGCUUGGAGAACAAGAAAAAGGGUGCUAUUGCGGCCAGCCGCAACAGGAAGGCUGCCGCAGCGGCUAGCGGCAAUGUCAGCGACACUGGUAGCUGGAAUGGAUUGGAUGAUUAA